GAAUAAACCCUAAUAUGCAUUCGUACAACUACUCCUUCCAAUAAGGAUUGAAAGUUUAACUUUUGAGUCUAAAUAGACUAUCUUUAAAACUUAAUAUUAAAAUCAACAAAAAAUGUACAUGGCAUAAAAAUUAAGUCAUUGUUUUGUAGAGCACAAGGAACAAAAUGGGAAGGAGGGGAAUUAUUCGGUUCAAGAAAGACCAUAUAAGCGAUCUGCCUCAAAGUAUUAUCGAAACCAUACUCACAAAGAUGCCAUUAAGAGAUGCUGUAAGAACAAGUAUAUUAUCUUCUAAAUGGAGAUACAAAUGGGCUACACUUACACACCUUGAGUUUGAUGAUAAAUGUGUGUCUAGGACUCAUAGUAAAUCACAUGCAAAGAGCAAUCUUGUAAACUUUAUCACACGUUUUCUUUUUCUUCACGAUGGUCCAAUUAAUGGGUUCGCUUUAUCUACCACUUAUCUACGAAGCUCCCCCAAUAUAGAUCAAUGGCUGCUUUUCUUAUCAAGAAAAGAUGUUAAAGAAUUGGUUCUUGAGUUUGGAAAGCGCAAGUUGUUUAGAGCACCUUCUUGUCUUUAUUCUUGUCAAAAACUGGUUCGUUUGAAGAUUGUUAAUUGGGAGUUGGCGCCUCCGUUAUCUUUUAAAGGGUUCCCUUUUUUGAAACACCUUAUUCUUAAACACGUUAGUAUUGCUCCAGAUGCUAUUGAGAAUCUUAUCUCGGGUUGCAUGUUUCUUGAGAGCUUGAACUUAUGCUCUUAUUAUGCUUUACAACUCAAAAUUCGUGCUCCCAACUUAAAAGAUUUAAUCUUGGAAGGUAAUUUUAAAGAAUUAUCUCUUGAGUAUACUCCAAAGCUAGUUGCUAUAUGUGUCAACCUGCUCAUGAGCAAUAUAAUUUCAAGUUGUAAUUUUGACAAGUUUCUUGGUGGGGCAUUGUCACUUGAGAGGUUUAUUGGGCGCGAUGACUUUACGCUUUAUACGAGUAUAGGUAACACCAUCGGGAAAACACAAAUGAAGUACCAACAACUAAAGGUUAUUCAACUCUAUGAAGUAAGCUUUGAGAACAUUAAAGAAGUAAUGGUGGUUGUUCGAUUCAUUUUAAAUGCCCCUAAUCUUGAAGAACUUCAAAUUUCGGGUUCAUGGGAGUCAUUAUCAGCAACAGAAGCUCCAGAUUUGGAUUUCUGGGAGAAGGAAUGCCCCUCUGACUCCACAUUUGAAAGGCUUAAGAUUGUAAAGAUGACACAUAUGAAUGGUUUUCGACACGAGAUUGGAUUGAUAGGGUUUUUGCUUGUGAGUUCACCGGUUCUUAAGACUAUGAGCAUCACUCCGAGUGUGUACAUGACUGAGGACAAAUCAAGCUUUUUGAUCGAGUUAUUGAGGUUUAAACGAGCAUCAACAGAAGCUGAAAUCAUAUUUGUUAAAGAUGAGGUGUAAAUAUUGCAUAUAUAUGAAUUUCAUGCAUAUUCUGAAUUUCUGAUGCAAACACGAGAUCAAUGACUAAUUGGUAUAGGUUUAUAAACUUCGUGCUAAUGGUAUUAAGGUUAUGGAGACAACAAAUCAAAUGCUAUCCAAAGGACUAUUUCGUUGGAUGGAAUUGAAUCACAAAAGAAUAGAAUUGGUCACAGUAAUAAAAAUGAGACCUAUAUAUUAAAUGAUGAUGUUUGAUUGGUAUGUAGGAAGGAAGUGCAUGUUCAUAUGAAUUCUUUUUAUAUUAUAUGUAAGAGAAAUAUCACCGUG